AGCCGUGGCGCAGGCGUUCUCUCCCGCGCCGGCAGCGCCCCCCCUGCGGUCCGCGCGGCGGCGGCGCCGCCAUGGCGGCCAUGGCGGGGCGCGCUGCUCCGCCUGCGGUGGGCCGCGCGCGGCAGGAGGGCGCGUUGCCAAGAGCUCCCCGCACGUUCUCCGCGAGCCUGCCCAUCAGACAGCUGCGCGCGCCAGGCGCUGGCGCAGCGGAGGGCAGCGCGGGCCUGCCGGCGCGGGCCGGCGCCGCCGCGGGCGCCGGGGCCCUCGCGGCGCUGGUCUCGCGCACGCGAGGGCGGAGGCCGCGGCGGAGGCCAGCGCGGCGGCCCGGCGCGGCCCUCUUGCAGGGCUGGAGAAGUCGCUCAGCAGCACCAGCGUGCUCGUCGGGCCACGACUUGGACACGCUGGCCGAGUGGCACAGCGCCACGUCCAUACGUAGGGCCUGGCGGGCGGAGCGCCGGGCGUCGAUCCUGGCGUCCGUGCGGGCGGGCUGGGCCGACAGCGUCACCUGCGCGGCGGCGAACAAGGGCCCGAGGGCGGAGUGCAUGACGCCCACCAACCUGACCCUGGUGGGGUCCCCGCCGCUGCUGUGGGUGGCCUUUUACGACACCGACGUCGAGCAGGACUGCCUCACGAAGAGCACUGCCUCGUCGCACAACGGGCCGCCUUCCGCCCCCGCACGGGGAGACCACCCUCCGCACGUGCAGGGCGGCCGCUCGCUCAUCGGCGAGGAGCUCACUCAACACGGUCGAGGUACAGGGCAUUCGGCGGGCGGCCCUCGCGAAGUACCUGUUCCAGGACGUCUGCGAGCAGAUGGACAGCUCCCACAUGUUGGACGGCGCCGCCUCGUGCUCGGCGCCAGCCGAUCGGGGCUCCGAGGGCGCAUCGCUCGAGACGGCCGCGCACUGCAGGGCGACGGUUGCCUCCCCGGACUUCCCCGUGCCCGACGACUUCUCCCGCUUCGACGUGCUCGUCGCCAUGAGCGAGAGGGCGAGGGAGCACAUCGUCGGGUCGGACCCGACCGGCGCGUAUGCCCACAAGGUGGUGUGCAUCACCGAUUUUGUGGACGUCUGCGAGAGUUGGCCAGAUCAGGCCGAUCCUGCGGGCCAGUGCCGUUUCGCACGAGCUCGUGGUCGUGGUCGUGGUCGUGGUCUGGGUCGUGGUCGUGGUCGUGGUCGUGGUCGUCGUCGUCGUCGUCGUCGUCGUCCUUCUCCUCUCUAUCGUCAUCUUCUGUCUCGG